AUGAUCCUGGGACCCUGCAGCCGUCAUAAGUAUGAGCCAGUUGCCAAGGGCCUGAAUUCGGACUGCAUGGCCACGGGGAAGCUGCAGGGAUCACAAGUUGCCCCUGAAGAAUUCAAGACCAGCAUCGGUCAUGUGAAUGCAUGUUUAAGGAAGAAUCUGCCCAUCACUGUGAAAUGGCUCCUCUGUGGCUGUUUAUGCUGCUGCUGCACACUGGGAUGCAGCCUUUGGCCUGCCGUCUGCCUUAAUAAAAGAACAAGAAGAUCUAUUCAGAAGUUGUUAGAAUGGGAAAAUAACAGAUUAUAUCACAAGCUUGGCUUGCAUUGGAAGUUGAGCAAACGGAAAUGCGAAACUAGCAAUAUGAUGGAAUAUGUAAUACUCAUAGAAUUCUUACCAAAAUACCCUAUAUUUCGACCCGAUUGAGGAGCAGUAUUACCUUUCAAUGUUACCUGUCACGUCCUACCUGUAGUGCCUUGUAAGGGAUAUGGAAGAGAAGAUUUACCUUUGCUCUGAUAUUGUGUUUGAAAAAGUGUUCGUCGGUAGAGUAUCUUCAUUGCCGCGUUACUUUUUUUUUUUUUUUAAAGAAGAAAACUGUUUGCACUUUCUAGAAAGGUUGCGAUGCUAAGGCUUGUUUGUGCGCUCCCGAGGCUUAAUAUACUUGAUGAACAUGGUCACUAUGGAGAUAAUCUUAUAUCAGUGCUGCUUGUAGUCUUGUUCUGACAUGCUGCCUUAUUCAUUUCCAAAACUCAGUCUUGCAAACACGCUCCCUGAAUCUAUGUAACCAGGGUUCUCCAGGUGUGCUGACUGGGACUUCUGGAGGCUGUAGUCCUGACACAUCUGAAGGGCACCAAGAAGGGAGGAAAAAUGGCAUCUUCAGGCACUUUGAAUUCUUGACAGGAAUGAUCAAGGUUAGCAUACAGUAAUUAAUAUCCUACGUAUCUGUAUUGACGAUCUGCUUUGCCCGAGAUUAACAACGAACAGCAGCAGCAGCAGUCCAUUUUCAUUUGCCAAGUUGCUCAUUUUCCUUUCUCUUUGCUGGGGGGGGGAGGGGGGAGGAGGAGGGUUGGGUAUGUAAAUAUUACCUCAUUGUAUAAUAUAAAGUGUGGUAUUACGCCAAGGUUUACGAAUUGCGAUACAACGCCAAUGGCUUUGCAUAGAUUUGUUACGAUCGAUGUUGUGCGUCUGUUCCUGAUUGUAUUGGCCACUUACGUGCCACGCGGUGAAGCCACGCGGGCUUUGUAGAUGCUACUGAAGGUUGGACUCAGGUGCGGUUUGUUACGCAAACGUAAAGAUGCAUCGUCAUUCUUGCUCCAUGAAAUCGCUUGUCAAAAAAAUUAAAGAAGUAAUUCCUUGGAUUUAUAGGUAACCCAAAGACCCCGAAGCCCAUCAGAGCCCCCGGCUUAAGCACAGCAGGCCUCUAUAAACAAUACUGCCAGAAAACUGGCAGAAAUUCAAAGGAAGUUGGGGAUCUGGCAUUGGGACCCCGUAAUUGAUGGAAGGCGACAUUUUUUUAAAAAAAAAAAAACGUCUUGGCGCCCUGCAUUUUUACGUUAGGCUAUCAAGUGUUUCUCACUAUGGCAACUUGAAAAUGUGUGGACUUCAUCUCCCAGGAUUCCCUGGAAUUCAGGGAGUUGGAGUCCACCCGUCUUCCAAUUGCCACGGUUGAGAAACGCUGGUCUCUCUGGUGUUUAGAUCAUUUCCAUGUCUCUGCUUGUAAUAUCACAUUUCUUUCAAAUAUGUCGGGUUGCAGCUCCUUUUAACAUUAGUAAGAUUGGAUCCAGCCCUGCAGUUCCACAGACAUGAAGUAUUACACCAAAACCUGCAUGGAAGUUGUUUCUGAAAUAGCGGGAAACUAAAACCUGCUCCCAAGAUCAGUAGUCCGAAAUCCUCCCGUUCUAAGGAGGUGGGCCAAUAGUUUCUCCUCUGGCUGCCUUUCCUGUUGCUUGCUUCUAAUUAGGAGAUUAUAGAAGUAAAUUAGUUAGGAUAGAGUUCCAGAAAUCAAGAACCACAAAAUUCACCUGAUACACAGUGACUCACAUUCUCGGUUUAGAUACUGUAGUUCUUUCAGUCCAUGCUUUUUAGCCAUUAUUGGAGCUAAGAGAAUUGAGGAGAUUUGUGAUUUCAGUUGUUUGUGUUUGCAAACCCCGUAACGAGCAAGUUUAGUCUAAUGGGUAGCAAGGACUGUGCAUCAGAGCUCCAGAGCAAAUAGGCACCUUCUCAUUAAUUCAGCUGUUGUGGACAUCACAGUACACGCAUCUUUCCUGUAACUUCGUACAUCAUGCAUGCACAGAGUUGCCCAUCAUGAUGAGGUAAAUGGGAAGGCUUCUGGUGCUGGGUGCAUGCAUCUCAAAAUACCCAUGGAAAUAUCGCCUCAAAAGCUUCAUUUAUAAAUUCAACACAUUCGCCAGUUUGCAAACUGGAGCCUUGAAUUGCUAUUUUCUUCUCCAGAGGAAAUGUCUCGUGUGAGAACUAUAGUAUAUAAUUAAAAGAAAAAACAAACAUCCAAAGAACUUUUUGCCUGCAUACCUUGGACUGUAAGGCUUUGUAGACUCCUAAGAGAGUCGAAGAGCAACACAAACCUUCUUAAGACAAUAUGACGCACGGUGAAGUUGAGCCUGUUCUUUUACAAAUGGUGUUAAAAAUCCUGCAUUGCUGAAAAAGUUAUUCCAGCAUGUGUGUUACUUUUGUUGUUGUUACUGAGUUACAUUGUGUAGCAUACACACUCCAGUUCCGUUGUUACUGAGGCAAGAGCAGCUUCAUUUGAGUGUUACCCCACAGAUCCUCCUCCUCCUUCCCCUCCUCCUAGCAAAGUCUACUUCGAUAGGUCUUCAGCACUUUCUGAGAAGCCCCUUGCACCUUCCAAGCCAAGUUUGCUUGGAGAUUUUAUGUCAAUAUUCUUUUAAACAUCGUGCCAAGAAACAUUAUGGCUUUUCUGAUCCUAUCAGUGUCUAAAUGCAACACUUAAUACCUCCUAAUCCAGAUGUAGGAAUUCUCUGUCCUUCUCACCGUACUAGGUGGAAGCAGCUUCCGCAGGUAUGAAUGGGACUGACUUCCAGCUCAGCUUUUCUUUUCUUUGUAGAGUUAAUUAUGUAGUUAAAAAAUACUCCCCAUUUUUACACUCUGUAGAAAUCUCCAGUCUGUCUCUGUUAAGGGGGCCAUACUUGCAUCUUUCCUCAGGUAUGCAAGUGCCAAAUAAGUUGCGUCUAAUGCAGCAAAUGUGGCACAAUGUUGAUUGGUAACGUGUUCUGACACUUUUACCGUUUCCCAAACUCUGUGCUUUGGGCAAAUCUAGUUUCAAAGGUCUUCACUGUGCUAAGUGGAAGCCUUUAAAAGAAUCCCCGUUCCCGCCCCAGGAUUCAUCAGCGGUGGAAUAUGGGAAACGGGUCCUUUCUCUUUACCCUAAGCUGCAAGAAGUCAUGAAAAGCUGCUGUUUGUUCCCGUAGCUCUUGAGGUGUCAUAUCAAAUGGUCUGGCAUGUGAAGUUCUGACAGUGUUCUGUGUUGAUCAUGGGUGUAGAUUAUAUAAAUAUGUAAAAGCCUGUAAAAUAGAGCAACGGUUGCCUUAAAAAUAAAUAACACCUGAGCCCAAUUCUUGAAGAGGCAAAGUCACUUUAAGAGUGGCUUUUGUCAUUCUGUCCCGAAAAAUGCAUUCAGAAUUGGGGGAGCUUGUAGAAAAUUUGAAGAUACGGCUCCUUAUUUCCUCCCAUGGCUUUACCAAUUCUUCUUUUCCAAAGUUCAGCUGUCCAGCUUUAAGUUACUUCUUCCAUGAUGCCCCUCAAGAUGGCCAUUACGAUAUUUGAAAUCACUUUUCUUUUUCUUUUGUAGGCUUCUAGUGGGGGAGGGGUGGAGAAAAGGAUCUGGAAUUGUUCAAACGAAGCAAAGAACACAGAGAAUGGGAUUCAUUUUUACAUUGUAUUUCUUUGAUACAAUGGAAAACCCCAAGCAGCAGUGAAUCCUGACUUUAUACCAUUGAUUCCUAAGAAAUUUAGAGUUUAUUAUAAAAUGUCACAGAGUUUAUCAUAUGCAUAAAUGCUCUCCCCCCCCCCCCAAAAAAAAACUAGUUUGCCGAGAAGUAGGUUACUACAUUAAUGCUUUCUCCUAAUUUAUUCCAUCCUAUUUACAAAGAAUGCUAAUGUAGGAAAAUGUUUAUGGGUAUAACAUUCCACAUGUUUUUGUCCAAUGAGUAGAUUGGUAAUUAAUUUUACCUAUUGUGCAAAAUUUGGAAACAAAAAUAAAUAUGAGAGCAGUGUAAUUCUUGCACAAUUCUGCAAAAAUCCAAAUGAAUGGGACAUCCCCCAUGCCAAUGUAUUAUGUUCUAAGCAUUCUUUAUUCUGUCUCAUUCCAAAAUUCAGAAGUUUUCAAUAAAUUUAUUGCUCUGAUAAAUUUAGCCAUUCAUUUUGUCUUGAUUAAACACACAAUUUGUAUUCUUAACUGUGAAUAUUGUAUUUUAGUAUCAUGCUAAAUAAUUGCAUUAGCCUGAAAAUAUUAGCAUCGAGCAAUAAGAUCUUAAGCGUUGAUAUUCAGUGUAAAUAUUUAACAGUUUAGGGAACAGUGUUGUAUAAUACAUUCACUUUGCAAGUUUUGUGAAUUUUUGUUUAUGGCUAUAACCAUAAUUUGUAAUUCCAUGAAGCUUCUUUGUUAAUCUGUGUAUGUUUUAAUUAUGUUUCCUUACACUUUAUGAAGUAAUAGCCACUUUUUUUAAUAGGACCUCAUGCCUUGAAGAUUUUGUAAAAAAUAAAUAC